CAGGACUUGACUUUGAGGCCUGCGCUCCAAACCUUAAAUAAAACAAUGAAGAAUGUCGAUUCAUUGUUGAACUGCAGAGCAAACAAAGUGUCAUGGCUUCCAGUAAACGCUCUUCCUUCACCAAUGGAUUCACCUACGAUGUUUUCCUCAGUUACAGAGGAACAGACAGUCGCCAUGCUUUCACUGUCAAUCUCUACAAAGCCCUUCUUGUUAGAGGAAUCCACGCCUUCAUUCACGAUGAAGAGCUUGAGAAACAGGGUGAAAUCACACCACAAGUUCCCAAGGCCAUCGAACAGUCCAGGAUAGCCUUCGUGGUCUUCUCCAAGGAUUAUGCUUCUUCUUCAUUUUGCUUAGACGAGCUUGUGCAUAUCUCUGAGCAUGUCAAGGCAAAGGGUCGGUUGGUUUUGCCGGUUUUUUAUGAUGUUGACCCUUCUGAUGUGCUAUAUCAGAGAGGAAGUUAUGGUGAAGCAUUUUCCAGGCAUGAUGAGAUGUUCAAGGAUGAUAAGGAGAAAGUGCAGAAAUGGAGGGAUGCUCUGCAUCAAGCAGCUUACUUGUCUGCUAGCUACCAUUUCAAACAUGGGGAUGGAGAUGAGCGUGAGUUUAUUGAAAGGAUUGUCAAAGUGGUCUCUAGUAGGAUUAAUCGGCUUCCUUUACAUGUUGCGGAUUACCCGGUUGGUUUGGAGUCUCGAUUGCAAGAAGUUUGCUCGUUUUUGGAUGUUGGAUCUGAUCAUAGAGUCCUCACGGUAGGGAUUUGGGGGAUGGGCGGAAUAGGUAAGACAACCCUUGCUCGAGCAGUUUCCAAUUUGGUUGGUGAUCACUUUGAAGGUUUAAGUUAUUUGGAUAAUGUGAGAGAAGUUUCAAGUAAGCAUGGGUUAGUACAUCUCCAAAAGAAGCUCCUUCUUGACAUGCUUGGCAAGAAGGAUUUUCUUUUUGAAAGUGUCUAUGAAGGAGCUUCUGUCAUAAAGACGAUGAUCCACCGAAAGAAAGUCCUUUUGAUUGUAGAUGAUGUGGACAGUAUAGAGCAAUUGAGGGCUUUGGUUGGAGGACCUGAAUGGUUUGGUUCUGGUAGCCGAGUUAUCAUUACAACUCGGGACAAACAUUUGCUUGUACAUCAAGGGGCUGAUAAAAUAUACGAGGCAAGAGAGUUAAAUUUCACUGAGUCUCUUGAAUUGCUUAGGUGGAAUGCUUUUAGAUAUGGCAAUGUUGAUCCAAGUUACACAGAAGUUUUAAACCAAGUUGUAGCUUAUGCUUCUGGCCAUCCGUUGGCUUUGGAAGUAAUAGGUUCCAACAUGUUCAAAAAAAGUGUGGCGGAAUGGACAUCAGCAUUAAAUCGGUUAAAAAGGAUUCCUCACAAAGGUAUUCAGAGCAUGCUCAAAGUAAGCUAUGAUUAUUUGGGGGAAGAUGAGAAAAGAGUCUUUCUUGACAUUGCUUGCUGCUUCAAAGGAUAUGAUUUGACUGAGGUUGAAGAUAUACUUCGUGCUCAUCAUGGUUACAACAUGAAACAUCAUAUUGGAGUGUUGAUUGAAAAAUCUCUCCUAAGUGUUAGUUCAGAUGGUAAGGUAACACUACAUCCCUUGCUAGAGGACAUGGGUAAAGAAAUUGUCCGCCAGGAAUCACCGGCAGAGCCAGGGAGACGCAGUAGAUUAUGGUUCUCUGAAGAUAUAGUUCAAGUUUUAGAAGAAAAUAUGGGAACUAGUUCUAUUGAAAUCAUACAUCUGGAUUUCCCCUUCAUGCAAGAAGUAGAAUGGGAUGGAAAGGCCUUCAAGAAGAUGAAAAAACUCAAAACACUUAUUAUUAAAAAAUGUCAUUUCUCCAAAGCUCCCAUUCAUCUUCCUAAUAGUUUAAGAGUGUUGGAAUGGUGGAGAUAUCCUUCAGAAGAGUUACCAUCCGACUUUCAUGCAAAGAAACUCGCCAUAUUGAAGCCGGCCAAGUUACUUAAGGAAAGUGGGCGGACCUUACCGAAGGUUCCUGAAGUUCCACGGGAUUAUCUGAGGGUUUCUCCACUGACGUUGCGUAUUUUGCAAAGAGUAUUUCUAGGGGAGAAGGCAUGGAGACCUUUUGACCUAUUGCAGGCUUUACCAAGCUUUCUUGAAGUUUUGCAGACUUCUCAGAGGGUUCCUCAACUUACGUUGCACACUUGGCUUUUUCAAACCAAGACAGUGUGGAGACAUUUUGUCCUUUUGCACGCUCUAGAGAGUGUUCCUGUAAUUUUGCAGACUUCUCAGGUGGUUCCUAAUGUUAAUUUGCAGACUUCACAGAGGAUUUUUCAAGUUGAGACGGUGUGUACACAUGUUGGUUUGCAGACUUCAGUGAGCAUUCCCGGAGUUAUACCAACUUUUGUCAUGGUUCCUGAAGUUAUGUUGCAGACUUCAAUGCGAGCUGAGAUGGUGUGGAGACUUGUUGGCCUUGCAUCAACUGUAGUUGGCCUGUUUUGUCAUGCACUGAGCCCUUCUCUCAAACGUUUAAUUGGUGGAUGGAACUUUUUCAAGCUCUUUCUUUACUGUGUGCUAUCCUUUGUUGUCUGUGUAACCAUAUUGUUUGCCAAGCAGUUCUCACUCUUACGGAAGCCAGGUCAGCUUAAAAACUAUGUGAUCUUUGCAGUUUUGAUGAUCAUGUCAGUGUACUCAUUCUUAUAUGACAAAGCUGUGGACGGGAAACCAGAAAUAAAGAGCUUGGUUUCUAAUGCUGCCUUUGCUUUAGUGUCACUGAGCUUGUCCAAACUGGUUAAAUCUGGAUAUGAGAUUGGUAUAUUCGCUUAUUUCCUGACCUGCUUUACCAUUCAACUGGUGACCAUUAACUGGGCGCUUAUUUUGGUUGCCAUAAUCUUUGGUUGUCCACUCUUUGUUAUGCAUUCCUCUUCACAUUCCACCCAAAAUGAUGGUGAUGGAGGUCAUGUUAUUCCUUUCUCUUUGGAUUCCCGACCAAAUGUUGGACGUGGUGGUCAACAUCAUGUCGUAGACAUGCCACGUGAAGAAAGGGAAUUACAGCAAAGAACAAACAGUUUAAGAAGUUCUGUAGCAUUGUAGAGAAUUCAGAUUUAUGGAACCAUAUGGAUUAUGGAGUUGAAGCAGCAAUUCAAAAGUGUCUUAAUGUGAGAUAUUUGUUCCUGAAGAAUUUUGGUUCUUGAUGUUUAGUCUCAGAGCAAAAGCCUUAAUGAGUUCAUUCGUCUUUAGAGCUUUGUGUAUACCCUUUUCUGUUUGUGCUUUGUAAAUAACAGGGAAUUGUCUGUGCCUUUUUGGUUCCAAAGGAAUUUAGGGAAUUGUGAAUGUCUUUUUGGUAUAGUUGUGUUAUACUGGAGAACAAGGCAUGUGUAAAUAGACUUUAUUUUAGUGAUAGAUUUCAAGUUCAGCCUCCUCAUCAAUGGCGCUGAACAAUUCUGUUUUGUAUAUCUAUGUUUUUCAGCAAGAUCGACGAACCUAACACUUCUUUAUGAUCUACUGUGCGAACUUGAGAGCACAAUGGAAUCCAAGUUGAGAUUUUAUGGCAGGUAAGCAGCAUUGGAAUCGCAACAGAAUCCUAUCCUCCCAUUCUUCCCCACAAAGGAUCAUUAAUUACUGAGUAGUUUCAUUUCCCUUUCAAAUGAGAAAUGGUGCAUUUGAUUAAAUGUUGUAUGCCAGAUACUCGGCUAGCUUUCGGAGUAGAGAAGGUACCUUUGUGUGACUGUAACUUUUAUUGCAGUUUUUUUAUCAAUGGCAUUGCCCACAAAAUGUUUUAGGGAGAACACUAACCUAUUCUAGUUAUGAUCAGUCAUUCUAAGUGGACUGCUUAUAGGUGCGUGUGUGCAUGCUUUUCUUUUCAUUUUCUUUAUUUUUGCGGUUGUUUUGAUGCUGUAAGACUAAUGUAUUUCAUAUUCAUAUUUGCUACUCUGUUUUUCACA